GAGCUAUACUAGAUGUUCUGACUAUCUGAUUCCAAUUUAGUGACAGAAUAAACCCUUUGAAAUGUUCGGUGUUAGUAUAAAUCUUAACCUCAACAGUGAGUCUUUGUGAAUACGUCGAACUAUUUUCUAUCGCCUUGUGCGACUUCUACUGUCGAAGUUCAAUAUAUUUGUUAUAUAUGAUUCAACGCGAGUAUCAAAUGAACAACGGGUUUAGUACAGGGGAAGAAGAUUCAAGAGGUAAUUCUGAUCAAAUAUGUUGCCUUGUGGAUGAUGGCGAUCGCUGCAGGCGACCAGCAAGUAAUGCCGCGUAUAGUAAACGUAUACAGAAGACUGUGAUGCAACGAAAACUUAAACUCAACAUAGACCCUCAGGCAAGGCAUACUUAUAUUUGUGAUUACCACAAAAAUAUGAUUCAGUGCGCGAGAACAAAGCAGAGACGACCGAAGGAUUCUGAAGAUGAUAGCAAUGAGGCUGAAAUGGAUUCACCGGAAGUAGAUUGGUUCCAAUUGCAAGUCCCUACUCUAAGACGUUACAAGAGACAUUAUAAAGUUCCAACAAGGCAUGGACUGAAUAAAGCUCAACUAGCAGAUGCUAUUCAAAAACACUUCAAAACUUUACCAGUAAAUGAGAAGGAAAUUAUGACAUAUUUUAUAUAUAUGGUUAAAACUAAUGGAAACAAGUUGGACCAGAAAAAUGGAAUGAACUCUGAUUCAGUGUAAAUUUUAAGAAUUUGUAUGUGAC